CACGUCUGAGUGAGAUGGUAUUUCGGGAAAAAGCAAACAUGCCCCUCUGAAGACCUUCAUCGCGGACAGCUGAGGCUACAGAAGAUCGUGGCGUGGCGAUCAGGUGUCGUCUGCCUAAUGACCCGAUUGGAUAUGUGAUUUGGAGGGUCUGUAACCGGUUUGUGAACAAAUUACUUUAGUUUAAUCACGGAAGGUACAUGGAGCGGAACUCACGCUUUAACCGUAGCCGAUAUUUACUCUGUGCAUUUGUUGGUAUUUGUGUGAUUAGUAAAGUACGAACCUGGGAAUAUCGGACCUGCCAAGAACAGUUUCUGAGAUACCCAGGCUGGAAUUGGAGAGAAUGAGAAUUGAAACCUGACCACAUAUCGGUAGCGAUUUGGUAUGAUGACAGCGGGGCCAGUUUUCACCUCCUCCCUCACUCCAGGGAUAUACGUCCCAAGGUGGAGUGGAGGCAGCCUUUAUGUACCCGGCUUGUCCAAACAAGAAACCCGAGAUGUGAAAUCUUCCUACAGCUACACGGACACGUCUGGAGUUUCAUCCCCGCUCCGUAUUCUGGGCGCUACUAGUAAUGUUAAUGGCAGACGGGUGCAAUCAAGUUUUGCACCGACCAUCCCCAUGAGAGCUGACUCCAGAGAACUUACCAGUUUGACUCUUAAAGCCAUCUAUUCCAAAAACAACAAGAAGAGCAUAGAAGCAUUACCACUUCGCCCAGCUAUGGCACGAGCAAAGCAAGUUCCUGGGCGGUAUUUCCCAAAGGCAAUCUUGACAGAUGAACAGAAGGUGGCACUGGCAAGUGCUAAGCCUUCAAGACCAUCUCCGUUAAAGAAGGAAUCGUUUCCUCCCAUUAAAGGUUUGGAUUUUAUGAAGACUUCCUUCUCUCUUCUACCACCUGCGCCUCGGGCCAGAACUUCCCACAAUGCUUCCUUCAACCCUAAGAUUGCCCAGACAAGGAAGAGCCUUAGGAUGUUCCCAGAAGUCCAGACAGAGGUGUUUUCCAUCAGUUUCCAGGGAGAUACAAGACAGGAGUAUGACCCUAACAGUGAGCUCCACAGCGACUACUACUCAGUAACUAGAGUAAGCGUCAAUUCCGCAAAAGAUGGACAAAAGAGUCAAAUGAAGGCACAACCAUCAUCCGCAAGUGACUUCCGCAUUGUGCUCAGAGGUCACCGGAAGCUACUUCACGAUCGUGGCGAUGAUAAGGAUGAUGACGAGGAAGUGGGCGUCAUUGGGGAAAGAGAGGACACCCACCACAGUGAAACAUCAAGGAAAGAGUCUGAAGUUGGUUUGCCACAAAUAUAGCCCCAAUAGUAACAGGUCAAGGAGCCUAAACGGGCAUGGUGCGUAGUGCGCACUGACCUAGACUUAAUGUCAAGAUCCUUCCAUUCGGUUGUCGCAUUGGCCAGAGGUCUGAGGUCUGAGGUCUGAGGUCAUCAUUGCACUGGGACUUUAGGAGCAGUGACACGUGGACGUUUUGAUCUAUUAAAGAAGACAGCCAUAACGUUAUUCUGUGAUUGGACCUUGAAUAUGCGGAGGUUAUGUCGAUAAACAAUGUAAGUCGUUUAAUGGCGAAAGCGAAUCAUUGUUUAUAACCAUCGUUAAUCAUGAUUGAAUAUCCGGGCGUUAAUAUGUUUUAACAUUAUGUCGUUUAUUUUUUAAACUAUUCUGAAACUAUUCAUAAAUGUGGUGAAAGCUUUAAAGCUGCAAGAACAGUGUCGACGUUAUUUACAAAAGGCGUGAAUUUAGAGAAAGAUUAAUUGACGGUAGUAGGGAUGUAUAUUGAUUAUUUAUCGCAUCCGUUUGUGACACUGCGUUAAAGCAACCAUUCUUUCGCAAAACUGUAUAUUAUUUAUUAUGUUAUUUAAUGUGGGUAACUAAUAUCCCCGGGAGGAAGAUAUUUGCCUUUGUAAGGCAUUUAACUUACAUACAGACCCAAACAGUGUUCAACUAUGAAUGUUGCUUGUGAAACGAAUACUAUUUGUAUUGUUACGAUAAUGAAUUCUAUAUAGGUUUAUAAUGAAAUAGUGUUGAUGGCAGAUGUUUAGGUGAGGAAAGCAUGUAUACACUAAGAUAUGGUAAGCACGCGAUCUCAUUUCAAUAUUUGUGUUCGGAUUUCACUCGGAAAGUGCUUGAUGUCUAUCUGUGAUAUAAGAGAUUAGUCCAAUAUGACAAUGGAUUUCAUUACUGGAAUCCUCUCCGAUGACAGAACCACUUAACAUUGGAUCGCCACCAGAUAUGUUCUUGUAUGAUCUGUGAAUAGCUGUUCAUAUGCUUAAAACUCAGUACCUGCGCAUGGCAGUAUCUUGUCUUCCAGUUACCUAUGACGUUUCAGAUAUGUGUGACAAGAAACUACACGCUCGAAAAGGGCAUUGAUGCAAAACGCUUUCAUGCAUUUGGUGGUCAUGUAGCUGAUGUGUGUUAUUGUCUAUCCUGUUCUGUAUAAUCACCAACAUCUUCCCGAGGCAAGAGAGUUAACUGACUUUAAAAGUCCAGUUUCCACCCUUGCCGGACUAGGCAGGAAUUACUGGGCUCGACCGUAGCGCCGCCAGAGGCUAUUACCAGUUAUGUCCCUUCUAAGCCUCUCAUAUGGACCAAUCAGAUUCCACCUCUCGUAUCACUUGCGUUUGCCUCACACAAAAUUGUGGCGCCGCUCUGAUCGAUAAUCACGAUCUACAUUGUGAUAAAACGGGUGUUACAUCGCGAAAUGCAUCAAAUCAAGUGAGCACCUUGAUUAAAAACAUGAAAAGAUUUGGAAAAUAUCUGCUGACAACGAGUUGGCGGUGCACAU